AGUCCGUUAGUUACGUACUUCGAGUAUUCCUGCUGUAACGCGGGAGUAUCGCAGUAGCAAGUCAAAAGUAAUUUUGCACAUUGCGUCUCAUAUUUGAUGAACCCUGAGGUUGUCAAGAAUCAGCAACAAACGGCAGAUUCGGAGUGGGAUGUGCGAAAUCCCUUUCGAAAGUUCAGCUUUACCUCUUACUUGAGAGAGGAAGUGGUCCAAUCCGUACGCAAGAGACAAGAACACUCAGGCACUGAAGACCGGGGUCCUUUCACCAACAGAGUUUACACUUUCAUCACUGUCCCUCAAUAUUUUGAAUCAUUCAUGAACUAUGGCUUGCUACAAUGCCUCGAUCAUCUGCUUGUUAUUUACACCUUCCUCCCACUUCGAUGCAUCCUAGUCGCUGCGCGUCUACUGUUUCACCUUCUGACCGAGGUGCCGCAGUCAUUUUGGAAAACUUCCCUAAAGACAAGCUGCCGAAUUCCUCUUCUGUUCAGUCACGAGGUUCGUGAUCUCAUCCGGUUCUCGCUACUUCUGAUUUGUACUUUCCUUCUGGUCAAAGUGGACACGUCGGUUGCGUACCACGAGAUUCGGACACAAUCGGUUAUCAAAAUUUACAUUUUCUUCAAUUUACUAGAGGUUGCAGAUCGUCUCCUUUCCGCAGUAUGUCAGGAUGCGUUGGAUGAUCUCUUACAUACGGCAAGCAAAUUGUGUAGGCGCUGUUGUUGGCACCAAACGAACGAGGCUUCUGGCGACAGCGUCGAAGAUCUUUUGGCCUUGGCACGCGAUCUACUGUUGCAAUACUCUUUCGCAUUGAUCUGUCUUUUCGCCCAUUGUUUCCUGCUGCUAUGCCAAGUGACGACAAUCAACGUCGCCUUCAACUCACAGAACAAAUCUCUAGUAACUGUCUUCAUUUCUAAUAACUUUGUUGAACUCAAAGGAAACGUAUUUCGCAAGAUGGGCAAAACUAAUUUGUUCCAGAUUGCCUGCGCCGAUGUCCGCGAGCGCUUCCACUACGCCAUAUGGCUUUUUAUUGUUGUGUGCCGCAAUAUGACGGAUACCGGUUGGAACACAGACGAUUUGUGGUCCAUGAUGUUCGACGUCUCUUGUAUAUUCCUGGCUGAAGUCGCCGUGGACUGGGUGAAACACUCGUUCAUCACCAAGUUCAACGUGAUUCCUUCGGAUGUUUACAAAGAAUACACCGUCAGCAUAGCCUACGAUCUCCUGUUGUGUCGUCAAGGUAAGAACACCGCGGACUAUUUUGAUCUACUGUCACGUCGAAUGGGCCUCACACCAAUCCCGUUGAGUUGUCUCAUCAAUGUGAUGCUCUUGCAAACAGUGCGGAACCCCAGUUUUCUCUGGCUGUGCCUACCGACGACCAUCAUCUUACUUUUUGGCAUCAAGAUUAUCGCCAAUAUGACGCUAUUAUCUUUCGCUUAUGCUCAUGUCAAAGCGUACAUACGAGAAGCCAGUGCCGCUUACUCACAGACACACGAGGUUAGCCCCGCCACGACAGUAGACCCAAAAUUGACAAACCCCGAGUCCCCUUCCAUCGUUAAGCGUACCGCGUCGGAGCCACACACAGAACACUUGUAUGCCGAAACACAUCCGCAUAGACCUCCAAUCCCCGUUCGCUACACCGGAUACGACCAAUCAACUAGAGAAGAGGAUCCAUUUUUACCCAUGGUUCUGCGUCAACGCCGGUUCCGAAGCGAAUCUGGCUGCUGUUCCGACCUAAGUGCAUUCACUUCCACGGAGCUUGGCGCCACUGUGGACGAUUUUAGGCCGGUUAUCGAAAGCAUCGAAUCUGCUGCCCUAGAAACCAACGGCGUUGGCGCUAGCCUCAAAUCCGAUUUGUGGAUUCACCAUUACGUUGAUCCUGAUCUCCCCAAGGAGGCCAGUAUCGUUUCGUCAGACCAAUGCCGCGACCAGUAUCAAGCGCCCACAGAUUCUUUGGCGCAUUUGCGUACUCGGGACGAGAGCCAGUCCUCUCGGUCGGGUCAACAAGUUACCUACACAAACAAAAUGGUGUUUGCGGACGAUGCCCUGACGAAAGAGCAACUUGUUAUUUCCCAGCCAGUACUAACCUCUUCGUUUUUAACGCAGGAUGAUCGCUCUCGAACUUCCAUGGUCUCGGAUCUGACAAUUGAAGCAGAUAAACGCAAGCCCUGCGAGACCGCGACACCGCUCUCGAAUGAGGUGGGAACUAUGAGGAGAAGUCGACGCUACAGCAUUGAUCUCGGUGCUUUGAAUGCAUUCCGCCGACUAAGACUUUCAGAAAGUAACCAGGACGCUUUUAGUGGUGCGUUAAAUGUCGUGGAAGCCAAUCCCAGUUCGAGCACGCUGUUACGAACGGAGCCCAUUCAUCGGCGUCGGAAGCGCACACGGACAGAGGGCUCCGACAACUGCGACAUUUACCGUCGCGCGCGCGAAAUUGACCUUCCAGCGAUGUGGGAACCAAGUGGUCGAACCAGUAUCAUCGAGCCAUUCGAUACGGCACGUCUAUUCAUCAAGCAGCCUUUGUCCGACAUCGACCGUUAUUCCAUGAUUGAAGGGCAAAUAAGCUGACCCAUUUCACAGCACGUUUUGGCCAAUUUUAAACAUUCUUACAUUGCAUUGGGUUUCGUGUCAUUUCAGAUAGUGUGUUGUCCAUAUCAACUAGUUUUUG